GUUGGCAGAUUGCUGCAUGUAGAGACUGCAGGUCUGUGUGUGCAUGCGUGUGUGCGCGUGGGCACUGACAUGGCUUAACAGUGGCUUUACAGGAAACCCACAGUGUGCUCAGCCGAUCUGAUAAUUGUUGAUAUUGAUAUUGCUGUUGCUAGGAUAUUGGUUAAUAGAAUCCCCAAAGACAACGCUCCCUUCUCUAGUCUCUGUGAGCUCCUUAUCAGUCCUGCAAAAAAAAAAAAUGUAAUAGUCUUGCAUGCACCAGCAGGCACACCUUUUCUGCUAUCUUCUAAUGACUCAACUUGGGCACAGGGGAAGCAGAAGUGGUUUAAUGUAAUGUGAAAAUAUUGGGUCCUGAGUGGAGUGUCUCUCACAGAUAGUCAUUCUGUAUAGUGUCCCAAACUCUCAUAAUCCUAAACCCACACAAUACGCCAUCACCAGACUCUAAAAGAAGUUGGAAUGGCCUAACUUAUCUCAAAUAAAUAAUUGGUUGACUGUUGUUGGCUAAGUUGCUUGUUGGGGGUAAAAAUCAAAUUGUGAAGGGGAUGCAUUCUCUUUGCAGCUGCUUUGAGCUCAGAGCUAGGAGUACUACUGGGUCAUUUCAACAGGAACUGGGAAGACACGCUUGCUUGUUCUUUGUUUUAAUGUAAAUCCGAUUAUUUUCUUUCUCUGUGGACCGGGGGUUGUGUGACAGCGUUCUCUCUCAUAUUGGAAAUGAGCUGUGUGACACACAGCAAGGUCUGUGCUCUCCUGCAGCAGUAAUAACUUCAAACUGAAUUGAGUUUGAGUCCCUGGCUGUUUUACUUCAUGGGUUGGCCUUUUAAAUAUUGAAAUAGAUGUGAGUUACUUACAAGCAAUCACAGGACUAUUAUAUUUGUGCACAUGUUAAUCACAAUGUGUCAUUACCAAGAAACAGGUGUGCAAUCAAUAAUUACACUCCUUCCUCCAUGCACAGGUACUUCAUACAAAACUAUAAAGGUUACUGUUAAUACUGUAAUGGGAUCCCUGCCACGUAGGAGACCUGUGUAAUGUGUUGCAAAGCUCAAUUCCUGGAAAAACCUUACAGAACUGAUUUGAAUUGAAUUACUAUAAUGCAAGUUAAUGGGCUGGGGUCCUAGGUUGUGUUUUUUUUAUAUAUAUUUUUUUUUUGGGUCACGCUCUCCAGUGAUUUUGUCCCACGCCAUGCUGUUUAAUGAUACCACUUUCUCUCCAUCUCUCACACACACACACACACACACACUCUGUCUCUUGCUCUGUCUCUCUAUCUCUCUCUCACACACACUCUCUGUCUCUCACACACACACACACUCUGUCUCUCUCUCUGUCUCUCUUUCCCCGUCUCUCUCUUUCUCUUUCUCUCUCUCUCUGUCUCUGUCUCUCUCACACACACACACACACUCUCUCUCUCUCUGUGACCCCAAAGAAAUGUUUGUAGUUAUUUUUUUUUUCAGAAAAAUGGAGAAAGGAUAAAAAAGGGAGGAGGAUUUGUGACCCAUAACUAGAAAGUACCUUUGGAAAGUGCACUCCUGUCCAGUAUCUCCUCAGACUGACCACCCCUCCCCCCCCCCCCCCACCCCCUCCCCGUACCAGCAGAUGAAGAUGAAAAUGGAAGGCGUUUGGAUUCACAGAUACCGGAAGCAGCUCGUGAGAUCGAUCUCGGGGCCCUUCCUGGAGAACAUCGUGAGUCACGUGAGGAAGCUGGAGCUCAUCAGCCGUGACGAGGCCUCGCAGAUCCAGGAGGCCGGGCUGCUCUGCGAGAAGGUGCGGAUCGUCAUCGACAUCCUGGCCGGGAAGGGAACCCUGGGCUCCGAGACCCUCCAGGCCUUCAUCGAGACCACCAACUCCCAGCUCUACCUGCUCAUCACCCUCUACGACCCGAUGGUUCAGAAACACGUGGAGGUUCUGCAGAGCCGAUACGGGACCUGGAUGGAGCAGGGGCUGCUGUCGGAGAAGCCGUCCCUGGACCGACUGAACAGCCUGCUGCUGGUGGAGGGGCUCUCGGACCUCCAGCAGAAGGAGCACGAUGUCAUGCAGAUCGAGGCCACCAAGGGCACGGUGAGGCAGAGUGCCAAGCCCAUCGCCCUGGAGAAGCUGCUGCAGCCCGUGACCAGGGUGAGCAUGCCCCCCCGCAUCCUGCUCACGGUGGGGGUGGCCGGCAUCGGGAAAAGCACACUGCUCAGGCUCUUCAUCCACCGCUGGGCGAAGGGUGAGAUCUACCCGGACGUGACCUUUGUACUUCCCUUCACCUUCUGGGAGCUGAACACUUACGAGAAGCUGUCGGCCGAGCGGCUGGUCAGAUCGGCGUUCCCCCACAUGGCAGAGUCCGGUCACGUUUUCAACGGGACGGCCCGCGUCCUCCUGAUCUUCGAUGGGUUGGAUGAGUUCAAGCCCACCCUGGAUUUCUCGGACACGAUGGCCUGUACCGACCCCAAGAAGGAGGUGCCCGUGGACAAUCUGAUCACCAAUAUAAUCCGGGGAAACCUGUUCCCGGAUGCGUCUGUCUGGCUGACCUCUCGGCCCACCGCGGCGGCUCAGAUCCCUGGGGGCCUGGUGGACAGGAUGACAGAGAUCCGAGGCUUCACCAAGGCAGAGAUCCAGGAUUUCCUGAACCAGCUUUUCCAGGACAGAGAGCUGUCCUCCCGGGUUUGGUCCCACUUGAACUCCAGCAAGGUCUUCAAUGUGAUGUGCUACAUGCCCUGCACCUGCUGGAUCGUGGGCUCCACCCUCGGCUACCUCCUCAGGAGCGGCACCCAGGAUGGACAGGGCUUGCCCAAAACCUGGACUGAGCUGUACUCUCACUUCUUUAAGAUGGUGGCGGAAGGGGAUUUGCAGAGCAAGGACAAGGAACCCCUGAAGAUUGAGCAAGCCUUCGGCAACAGCAGGAAGCUGAUGGCAAACCUGGGGAAGCUGGCCUUUUAUGGGCUGAUCAAGAGGAAGUACACUUUCUACGAGCAGGACAUGAAAGCCUAUGGGAUCGACCUGCCCUCGCUCCAGGGCAGCCUCUGCAGCCGUGUUCUUGUCAAGGAGGACUCGCCGGUCUGCACCGUCUACUACUUCGCCCACCUCACCCUGCAGGAGUACCUGGCCGCCACCUUUUACUACACGGCUGCCAAGCGGGCCAUCUUUGACCUCUUCACGGAGAACGGCAUGUCCUGGCCCAAGAUCGGCUUCCAGAACCACUUCAAGAACGCCCUGCAGAGGGCGCAGCAGUCCGAAGACGGCCAGCUGGACAUCUUUGUCCGUUUCUUGUCGGGGCUCCUUUCCCCGCAUGUGGUCAAGCCCCUCUCGGGACUCCUGCUGCUAGCCAGGGAUGAGCACAGUGGGUACCGAGGUCCUGCCAUAUCUCUCCUGCAGGGCUGCCUCAGCACGGGCUACACCGUCUCCCUCCGCGCCGUCAACGUGGUGCACUGCCUGCAGGAGCUGCAGCACAUAGAGCUGGCCCGUACCGUGGAGGAGUCGCUCCGCAACGGCAACCUGGCGGGCAAGCUCACCUCCGUCACCUGCUCGGUGCUGGCCUACCUGCUGCAGGUGUCUGAGGAGUGCGCGGAGGAGACCAACCUCUCCAACUGCCUGAACUACAGCAUCGUCAAGAGCCUGCUGCCCCAGCUCCUGUACUGUAACAACCUCAGAUUGGAAAAUAACAAUUUCAAAGAUGACGUCAUGGAUUUGCUAGGCAGCUUGCUGAGUGCCAAGGACUGUCACAUUCAGAAGAUCAGCCUCGCUGAGAAUUCCAUUGGCAACAAAGGAGCCAAAGCCAUCGGCCGGUCUCUGAUGGUGAACAGGAGCCUCACUGCACUCGACCUCCACAGCAAUAACAUCGGGCCGAAGGGAGCAAAGGCGCUGGCAGACGCAGUCAAGAUAAACCAAGGACUUGUAUCGCUCAACCUCCAGAACAACUUCAUUGGAGAAGAGGGGGCCAAGGCAGCAGCUGAGAUCCUACAGUCCAACCGCAACCUCUGCACCCUGCACCUGCAGAAGAACUCCAUCGGCCCGGAAGGAGUGAAGCGCAUUGCGGAAGCACUGAAGAACAACAGGAGCUUGAAAGAACUCAUGCUCUCCAGCAACCAGCUUGGAGACAAGGGUGCAAUUGCACUGGCGAAGGCUCUGAAACAGAACCACAGCCUCACCACUCUCGACCUCCAGAGCAACUCGAUCAGCAACAAAGGGGUGACGGCGCUCACCGAGGCUCUCAAACACAACAGGGGACUGAUCGACUUGAACCUUCGCGAGAACUCAAUCGGGGUGGAAGGUGCAAAGGCGCUCGCCAAUGCACUACUAGAAAACGGCACACUGAGAAACCUCGAUUUGACUGCUAACCUGCUGCACGACGAGGGAGCCAAGGCCAUCGCAGGAGCAGUGAAGGUGAACCGAAGCCUCACCUCCCUGCAUCUCCAGUGGAACUUCAUCAAGUCGAAAGCUGCGAAAGCCCUGGCUCAAGCACUACAGUCCAACAGCAGCCUCCAGAGUCUUGACCUGCAGGAGAACUCCAUCGGGGACGAAGGGAUGGUAGCCCUGGCAGGCGCUCUCAAGACCAACACCGCCCUCACCAUGCUCUAUCUGCAGGGAGUGUCGGCGGGUGUGAUGGGAGCCAUUGCCCUGGCAGAUGCACUGAGGGUGAACAAGACCCUGCACACUCUUGACCUGCGCGGGAAUUCCAUCGGGAUGGAAGGAGCCAAAGCAAUGUCCAACGCACUAAAAAUAAAUGGCACACUCAGGUCUCUAAAUCUUCAGGAGAACUCACUGGGGAUGGAUGGAGCCAUAUUUAUUGCUAAAGCCCUCACUGGAGACCAUCGUCUCACCUAUAUAAAUCUUCAAGGUAACUCGAUUGGAGAGUCUGGGGCGAAGAUGAUUUCUGAUGCCAUCAAAACAAAGUCGCCCAGCUGCGUGGUGAAGAUCUGAACCGGGCUGGACGACCUGCGUGGCAUCGGUUAGGAGGUGCGAUGGCGUUCUGUCCGGGGAUCCCUCAGACUAGGUUAAGUCUUAUCUGCUGGCUGAUUCGGUUGGGGUACCUUGAAUCAGUUCUGCUUGGAAUCAGCUCAGGGAAAGCAUGGAAAGGAUGGGACCCUCAUAGCCAUAGACCCUGGGUGGAGGUGUAUGUUGAUGGGGAGUCCGAAUGCUGCACAAGCCUGCUCUGAGAAUAGACUGAGAACUUCAGUUCCCAAGUUUUCUGACUUUUAUCAUUUUUUAACUUCCCUCCACGUACACAGAAGCACCUUUAAGGCACUGAAAGCAACUUGGCAGACCCGGUUCACUGUCCAGGCGAUAGACCAGCCCCCUCUGGAAUGACUGCUAUAUAGCCUCAGGCUGCCCCGUUAUGAGAUACCUUCCAACACUUUGUAGCCCCUCUGCCUGUGUGGGACAGAGAGCAGCAGAGGACGGAGAAGCUCAUUCUGCGCACACAUACAGAAAAACUCCAGCAAGCGCCAUUAUCAUUCAGACAGAAGUCCCUGCGCAAGUCACAGAGCUCAGUCUGUAACCCGUAUCAGCGCAACCACAACAGAAGCAAUUCUGGGGAGUUCAAUGGUUCACCAUCUGCCUAGUUUUUUGAAUGUAGGUCAGAUAGAUGUUUGAUUGGUUGUUUAUUGUUAUUUUAUUCAUUUUCUAAAUGUCUCAGUGUAGAUGACCUUGUAAAUGGAUGUCACUGUAAAUGAGUGGACUGAAAAAUAUAUAUAUAAAUAGACAUUGCCUGGUGUUUAUUCAUCCAGGUAGCAUUCCACUGCUUCUAUUGAAAGCAUACAAAUACCAGACACAAUCUUCUGGAACGUCAAUCAGUUACUCGUAAGUAAUACAGAAUCACACUGUGUAUUCACCAACACACAAGGCUCUUUGCAUUCCAGCUUCCUUCAUGCAUGUUAAAACCGGCCUUUUAUUCAGUGCAGUAAAAUUAACUUUUCUUGUUAAAUCGAUUGGGGGGGAAACUAUUGUUUGGUUCAAGUGAAACUAAUAAUGGCACAAUGUACCAUCAUGCUGUCAAACGUUAGAUACCAUAAUAACAUGAAAAAAUAUCUCUUUUAGUGGCCGGUGGGGCAUUUUCCCCCUGGAUUGUCAAAUACAUUUACUCUGAUUUCUUUCAGUAUUACUAAAUAUCUUACCAUUGAGUAUUUUCUAGUUAUUAAUGCGGUCACUUUUACAUUUUAUGUACUGGUGUAUUGAAUAAAAAAUGUGUUUCAAUUGGGCAUUAAACAUGGUUUCACAUUGUAUUGUAUAAUGCUAUUCAGCAAGGCAGUGUGUCUGCCUCCGACUAUUAAUUUGGCAGGAAGUCCGGGCUGGUGCAUCUCUCCCGUUUCUUAACGGGAGCUUGCAUUUUUUUUUUCUUUAAAAAGAGAUGCGCUCUUUGUACAUGUGUGUUAAAUUUAUAUAUAUAUAUAUAUAUAUAAACAGUAAAGUACAAAAUAUAUUAUUUGUAAUAAUCAGUGUUAUGUAAAAGCAAAUGUUAUAGUUAGCAUUUUAAAAAAUAAAAAUAAAGGAUACA